GCGCAACUUCAAAACUUUAAAUUUCUUGAUUUACCUCAAAACCUAAUUUUUAACUUAACCAUAUAAUAAAAUAUUAAAGAUUGUCGGUAUUACAAUUCAUUCAUAUUCUCAAGAAACGAAUCAAACGUUAUGAUUGGACAAAUAUUCAUUUACAGGUUAUCUCAUUGGCUAUUUCCAAUCCCACGUGUUUGUCUCUAGAAGUCACUUCCACAGAGAGAAAAAUUAAUCCUAACCUCGGUUCAUAGAUGGCAUUUAAAUCUUCUGGUGCAUCAUGAGUUAAAAAGUGCAUUCAUUUAAAUGCGUACGUAUUUCACAAAAAUAACACAGAUAACACGAUAUUGAAAUCGUUAAUGUAACAUUGCUACGUAAUUAUUGUAAGUUUAUAAAGAAAUUAUACGAAGGUGAAGGAAAUAUAUUAACGUAUUCAAAUCAGUAUUCCAAGAUGGCGAUUUACGCGCGAAGUUUUAGCAGAAGUGAAUUUCAAAUCAUGGCGUCGCAAAGUUCACCUGCCAGGAUGAGAGAACUUCGUUUACCGGUAUCUCGAGUAAAAACAAUCAUGAAAAGUUCUCCAUACGUCGAUACUGUUGGGCAGGAUGGAUUAUUUCUUGUUGCCAAAGCUACGGAGUUGUUCAUCCACCAUUUAGCGGAAGAAGCUUAUCUACAAACAAACAAAGGAAGUUCGUUAGAAUACAAACACUUAGCAGAAAUAGUACAAACAAACGAAACAUUAGAAUUUCUAAAGCAGAUAAUGCCCAGAAAAAUCACCGUAAAGCAAUUCAAGGAAAUGAUGGAAGCUAAGAACGCAGAAGGGAGCAGCAAUUCUUCAGAAAGUUCCGAUUCGGACAGUGACAGCCAGUCGGACAGUGAGUCUUCGAGUAAUAGCGAAGCUCAGAAGAUGGAAAAUAGUAAUUCAUCGGAUGGCGAGGAAGAGAAGGAUGCAAAUGAAAAUAACAAGUGUGAUUUCAGUGACAAGAGUGAUUCCAUUAUGGAAAAUGAAAGCGAUGACGAUGAUAAAAAAUGAAUAUUAUUUAUUCUAAAAGUGGCUAUUAAUUUAUGGUUAAUGGGUGUACUUCUCCAUCUAGGAAUAAUAAAUGUAUGAUAUUAAUUUA